GUCUCAGGAUGCGAGAGGAGAGCGGAGGAGAGGGGAAGAGAGAGGGGAAAGCGCCGAUGGAAAAGUGUCCAGGGCUCGGUUAACAAGAAAACAGGAAUACCGGCCCGCUUCAGUUUGUCCUGGGCCACUCGGCGAUGAGAGAUUCACCGAAAGGGGCACUUUGAGAUAUGAUGAGGUUUAUUUCUGGCCGGCAAUAGUACUAUGAUUUGGUAUGUGGCCACUUUGAUAGCAAGUGUAUUCAGCACCCGAGGAACGGCCGCUCAAGGCCGGGCCAGUCUGCACGGCAAGUCCUCCCUACGGAUAGAGAAUGUGCGUUCGGACGACCAGGGCUGGUAUGAGUGUAAAGUGCUUAUGCUGGAGCAGCAGUACGACACCUUCCACAAUGGCAGCUGGGUGCAUCUAACCGUCAACGCUCCCCCCACGUUCUCGGAUACGCCACCUCAGUACGUAGAAGCCAAGGAGGGGGGUAGCAUCACUUUGACCUGCACGGCUUUCGGCAACCCCAAACCCUCGGUCAGCUGGUUGCGGGAAGGCAGCCUCAUGGUCAGCAGUGCCAAGUAUAAGGCCCCCCGUUUAUUGUAUCCCCACCAGAGAACAUCACAGUGAACAUCUCGCAGGACGCCUUCUUCACCUGCCAGGCGGAAGCCUACCCUCGCAACCUGACCUACACCUGGUUCUGGGAGGAGGACAACGUCUUCUUCAAGAAUGACCUAAAGCGCAGAGUCAGUAUUCUUAUCGAUGGUUCCCUCAUCAUUGCCCAAGUCAAGCCGGAGGAUGCUGGGAAAUACACCUGUGCGCCUAGCAACAGCCUGGGCCGACCACCGACUGCCUCUGCCUACCUAACAGUGCAAUAUCCUGCCCGUGUGGUUAACAUGCCAUCUGUCAUCUAUGUGGCCAUUAGUCUGCCGGGCUUCAUCCGCUGUCCCGUAGAUGCCAACCCUCCCGUAACUCUGGUUAAGUGGAAGAAAGAUGGCCUCCCCCUCCGGAUAGAUAAAUACCCUGGUUGGAGCCAAAUGGACGAUGGGAGCAUCCGUGUGGCAGAGGUGACAGAGGACUCUCUUGGCACCUAUACCUGCAUGCCUUACAAUGCCCUGGGUUCCAUGGGAUGGUCCCCUCCCGCUCCCCUGGUGCUAAAGGACCCUCCCAAAUUCUCAGUGGUUCCUGGAGGGGAGUACAGGCAAGAGGCUGGGAGAGAACUGGUCAUCCCCUGUGAGGCAGAGGGAGACCCCUUUCCCAAUAUCACAUGGAGGAAGGUAGGGAAGCCCAGUAAAAGCAAGCACAAUGUUCUGCCCCGAGGCAGCUUACAGUUCAAGUCACUGACAAAGGAGGACCACGGGGAGUGGGAGUGUGUCGCCACCAACGUUGCCACGAGCAUCACUGCCAGCACGCACGUCCAAGUCAUAGGCACAAGCCCCCACGCCCCCACCACCGUCCAUGUAGUGGCAUCCUCCACCUGGGCCAAUGUGUCCUGGGAGGCAGGCUACGACGGAGGCUUCCAGCAGACAUUCUCAGUCUGGCUGAAGAGGGAGCGUUUAGGUCCACAUGACUGGCUUUCCAUAUCCGUGCCUGGAGGCCACGGUUGGAUGGUGGUGCCCGGCUUGGAGCCAGAGACAACAUACCAGUUCAGCGUCCUGGCCCAGAACAAGCUUGGCACAGGCCCCUUCAGCGAGGUUGUCACUGUGAACACACUAGUAUUUCCUAUAAGUACCCCUGAACCAUUGGUGCUGCUUACCCCACCACGGUGCCUCACAGCCAAUCGCACGCAGCAGGGAGUCCUGCUCACCUGGAUCCCGCCUGCCAAUCACACAGCACCUAUCCAGCAUUAUGUCAUGGAGUUUCGCCUGGGGGAACGAUGGGAGGUCUUGGACGACGGCAUUCCUGCUGGGGAGACGGAGCUGCUCGCCCGAGACCUCAUCCAGGAGGCAUGGUAUGAGUUUCGUGUCAUGGCCGUCAUGGAUGACAUGAUCAGCGAACCUAGCAACGUAGUGGGAGUGUCCAGCACAGACUUCUUCCCUCCUCCAGAGAUGGUAGAGGAGCGUGGACUGGCGAGACCUGUGGUGGCUGGCAUUGUGGCCACCAUCUGCUUCCUGGCAGCAGCUGUCCUGUUCAGUACGAUGGCUGCCUGCUUCGUCAACAAGCAGCGCCGGCGGAAGCUUAAGAGGAAAAGAGACCCCCCACUUUCCAUAACCCACUGCAGAAAAAGCAUGGAAACUCCGUCAUCUUCAGGAAAGGUGAGCCCAGAGAGCAUUCGUUCAAAGGCAUCCCCAUCAGAAUCAUCUGAAGAUAGUCAUGACCAGCGUGGGAAGAAACCACCCCCAAGUCCAGGGAAGAAGGAGGAAUUGUCUUUAUAUAUGAAGACCAAAAGAGCAAUAACAAGCAAGAAGUACAGUAUCUCCAAGCAUGAAGCCGAAGCAACAACACCCAUUGAACUCAUCAGCCGAGGCCCAGAUGGACGUUUUGUCAUAGAUCCCACUGAUGCAGAAAUGUCCAUCAAGCCGCGGCGGAUUGAGGGCUUUCCCUUUGUGGAAGAAUCAGACCUCUAUCCUGAAUUCCGGCAAUCAGACGAAGAGAAUGACGACCCUAGACCUUUGCCACCAGUUAUGGCCCCCCUUCGGCCUCACCAGAUUUCCCCUAUCUCCAGUCAGGAAUCCUACCUGCAACCUCCAGCCUACAGCCCUCGUUUCCAGAGGCCCUUCGAAGGUAUGACCAUCAUGGAGAGCAGUCGGCUCCAGGCCACAGGGCAGAUCCGAGGCUCUCUCCAUCACAGGGCUUUCUAUGGCUAUUUAGGCCCCCCUGGAGAUCAUGAUCCCCCACCUCCUUUUUACAUGCCUGAUACCAGCCCACUCAGCUCUGUCAUGUCCUCCCCUCCAUACCUUGCUGAAGGUCCUUUUGGUCACCCCAUGAUUCCUGAAGAAAUGGGGGAGGGUGAUUUCCCACAGUAUGCUGUCUCUGGUUUCCCACUUCCUCUGACACUCACCUCUUCCUCUCGUUCACCAGAGAUUUGGCAGGGACUGGACUUCACCUUUGCAAGUCUGGAGGGGCCCCAAUUCAUUUUUCCACCACAUCACCCUUUGCAUCUCCGCCACGACUCCCCCUAUCCUCCUCCACCUCAUGUUCUUCCCCUUAGUGCUUUUCAGCCCUCCUCCCUUCCAAUGCCCACGUACCCUGCUGUCCUGCCACUGGAGGCCCCAAAGAGCCACUCAAGCAAGUCUCCCAGCAAGGCCAAGCCUCAUGGCUCCCCAGCCAAGCAUUUAGCUAUGCAAGAGGCACAUUUAGGGCAGCUAAGACACACAAGCCACGGUAUGGGUGUGCCGGUUUUGCCUUACACCGAUCCAAUGGCCCAUAUUGUCCCUAGCACAUUCAGUAGCCUGGACACACGAUGGUUUGAAACCACCCCUCGCUUCAGUCCCAGACAGGCUCGGAGGAUGGAUUCCGGCAUACAUCAGGUGGUUCUUCAGCCCUCUCGACUCUCACCCCUCACCCAAAGCCCGCUUAGUUCUCAUGAGGGCUCCCCAGAGAUUGUAGUACGUCCCCGGCCACGUCCCAGCAUUGCCCAACCUACCAUACCCCCAGAGAUGUCUGAGAUUACCCUCCUCCCUCCUUCCACAGCCAGCUUCUCAAGGAGAUCUUCCCCCUCCUCUUCACCUGCCCAAGGCCAGGGUAGCAGGAGAGCAAGUCCCAGCUACCGUUCCCACAUGGCCUUUGCCACCUCUGCAACCAGCUACCCAGCUUCCCAGUCCCCGUCACCCCCCAUGGAAAGCAGCAACAUAUUUGGGCAGAUGCCAUCUCAGAGGAGGACUGAGGAGGAGAUCCUUCCAUCUGAGCCCUCUCCACCCCAGUUGUCAGCUUCAGGAAAACGUCGAGGUGCGCCGAGUGCCCUUUCGGGGUCUGAGAGGAUUGAUGCACUGAGAUACCAACGUAUUAAAAAGGCCAAGAAGAUGACGAUGAACAACAAUAACUCCAAGACCAGAAAGAAAGCAGGUGUCUCCACCUCUCAGACCCAGCAGGCCUACACCUCUCAGGUACUCCAGCCCGAAGAAGCUCUCUACCUCCGCAAGAAGAAGAAACGGCCCAUCCUCCAUGACCCAUAUACUCGCUUUUCUGCUCUGCUGUACCGUCGCCCACCACGGGAGGACCAGAAGGCUAUUUUGGCCAGCAUGGACAACAUAGACCUCGACCAUGCCACCCUCCUCUAAAAGCCCUUGAGGACAAGGUCACAAUCAUGCAAUAUGCCCCCAUUCCAAAAUAACACUAGCUACACACAAGAUGAAAAAAAAAAACACUAUUAAUUAAAGUUGUUUGCAAUUAUUAUCUAUAAAGGGGAAUAGCACUAAAUUUGAGCAUUCAUAUUUGGUUUAUUCUGUAGCUAUUCCCUUGGUCAGUUCAAUCUGCAUUAGUGAGCAUUCUGCCAGGUUCACAAGCUAAUCUGUAAUGGCAACAAAUAUACCUGGAAGAAUCAGAAAUCAGAUUGAGAACCAAAAAAUAAUUAUUUUCAGAAACCAAAAUAUUUUUUUUCCUUAAAAAAAUGUCUGAUUGUGUUGAAAAUGCCGGUCCCAGCUUACUGUCAGCGAAACAGCAGCAUUGGUGAUUGGAAUGGCAUCACAGAUUGGCGUCCUGGUUCGAAGGCUUCCCCUCUGAAAAAGUUUUGAUUAUUUUCCCAACUAGUGGUUAUGAUGCCCAAAUGCACAACAAUGAUCUGUGCGUGCUUAAAUCAAGUAGUAUUCCCUUAUAAAUAAAAAGUUUAAACUUACUAAUUCAAAUCAAAAUGAUAGCUGCCAUAGUUUUCCAAAAAUUUUACUCCAGUGCAAAAAGAUGAAUACAAAGAGUCAAUACACUAUUCCCGUUUUUCCUGUUUCUUUGAAAUCCCAGCAUUCCUACUCCAGUGUUACCGCUUUUAAUUUAAAAGGCUUCUCCAGGCAUAGGCCAUGUUUCUUGUGCUGAGCCAAUCUUCCCCCACAGCCCCAAAAAAAGCCCUGCGGGUCUCCGUUUACAGCAACUUCCACGGGAUCCUCUCCGCCAGCAACGUCUUUUAUCUGCCGAGAAAACUCACCUCACAAAUAUGGGUGUUCUCACUUCCUACCAAGUAUACCUCAGAGCACAGGACACGAGACCACACAACCACCAGAAUCAGCCAGCAGAACAAACUAGCCUUUUUCAUCUCUUUAGUCAUUAUUGUGUUCCACUUCCUUUUCUUAUAAUGACGUGUUCCAGCUUUCCAUUCCUAUAUGUACUUCUACUUGUCUACUGUUAGACGUACAUUCGUUGAGUUAAUUCAGUUUAUUUAUCUUGCAGAAUGAUGCUGAUUUGCUCAUCUGCUCAUCUCUUUUGCUCUGUCGUAAAUGAUCAGGACGUGGGCUUGACGUGAGUGUCUGACAAACAGGAACACACCACAGAACUACUUUUCUUGGCCUACAGAAGAAAUUCUGACUUUCACUAUCUGUCAUUUCUUAUUGAACAGAUGUCAUUCAGCAGUUUCACCAGGGGCUUACUGUACAUGUGCAUUUCACACACCUAUAACAAACUAUCAACAUGCACAAUGAAGGGUGGUAAUUCAAUUACUUUUAGUUAUUCUAUAGAAAGUCAUUUUAUUGCUCCAACGGCUCUGUACAGAAGCCCUGAAAGGCAAGUGAAAACAGCAGCAAAUAUUCUUGGUUUUAACUUUUAUCUGUGAAAACUAGUGAAAUAUCUUUUUUCUAAGUUUACAUUUUUUCUUUUUCACAUGUGAAAGCAGAUACAUUCUUUAUCACCGGUUUUCAGAGGUAAAUAUUUAUUCUUGGAAAAAUUAUCUUCCACUUCCUUGCAAAAAGUAAACAAAGACAAAUUACCUUGGAAAAAAAGUCAACUGUUUUCACAGAUAAAAAAAAGGGUAUUGUGACAAAAAUAAAUAAAAAUUCACUUGCCUUUCAGGGCUUCUGUAGCUCUGUCUUUAGCUUCUCAUAUCUCGUAACUGCUGUUUGCACUGGAGCAAAAUCUUGUCCAAUUCCCUUAGAUUUGUGGCUGUUCCUGUACAUCUUCUCCAGUUUUUCUUUAGGUAGUGUAGAGGCUUCAGAAAGAACUAUAGUAUGCCAAAAACAAUCCAAUUAAAACAACCAACCAUACAUAGCGGAGGAUAAGAUUUUGUGCCAUAGUAUAUGAUAGUAUUUUUUCAUAUUAGAGGGCAUAAAAAACAAUGGGUAUGUUUGGCCUUAAUGGAGCUUGUGGUUGGUUAGCCUGCUUCACUUGUGUCUAAUUUUUUAUUUCUAUUUUUUAUUUGUGUGUCGGUGCGUGUGUGUAAGAACCCACCUCGUUUUUGCCAUUUUCUAUUCACAGCCUUUGUAUUUUGUCUCUUUAUGUGCUUGUCAUUUGAAAUGGAAAUGCUGAGUACAGUCAUUCCUUGAACAAAUCGUAUGUGACAUUGAAGACAACACAAAGUGAGCCAAAAGUUUUCGUUAUUUACAUGAUGUAAGCACUUUUUUUACAUGUUGCUCAGUUUUACUUUAAAAGAUUCCUGAGAUAAUUCAAAUGGAAAUGUGGAUACUAGGGGGCUAAAAUAAAUUUUUAUUGGACAUGUAAGGGAAGUGCCAUAACAUUAGAAACUAUCACACAUUACACAUGCAUAUUUUAGAUUCAAUAACACAUGGGUGUGUACUGUAACAGUUAAAGCUUACGUUGCUGGGUUUUUUCUUUCAGUUUUGCUCAAAAGGUGCUCAGUUUACUUCAGACGGUGUGUUCAUUUGUAGAUGUUACAGUAACAUAUCUUGGGCUCCUGAUAAGACAAGAAAGCAGUGUCCAUGUUCUGCUGAAGUGUGUUUGGAGUGGGAUUGCUCAUAGGUAUGUUCAGUUUUUAUGUAUUUAUUUAUUUGUAUACAUUUUAUUGUGAUUUUGAGCAGAUUCUGCCACAGCUACAACUCCAACAUAGCCUUCUAAAAUCUCAAAAUUGAAGUGACUAAAUGUGGUUGCUUUCAUAUUUCCACAAUAAAUGCUUGCAGAAGGAAUGGUUUCAAAAAGUCCUCUCAUAUUUGAGUCUUAAAGUGCAGGAGGAGUGUAGAAGAGAUGUGAUUUCUUUCAUUAACAUAUUUAAUAAAACAGGGAAUACUAACUGUCAUUCAUAAAUAAACAAGCAAAAAUAAUUCAGCUCAUGACCAUAUCUGGCAUACUGGAAAAAAAGUUAAUACAUGCAUCAUACAGAUGUAUCUGGGUUGCUUUAGCAGCCGUUUUAGUAAAGAAGCUAGUGCCUUUAUCUAUGAUGUAAUUAUUAUGUCUCCUAGGUUGGAGCAUCUGGUGGCUAACAUUUAAGCAUUUAGUGAAUUUAAUGCACUUAUUGUGAAUAUGACUGUAACCUCUAACUAAGGUAAAACCACAAUCUCAACCUUCAAAGAUAACAAAGUCAGCACGAAAAAUAAAAGUGAGUGAAGUGGCUUGAAAAUGCAUAUAGAACCUACAUCACUGAUCACUUAGUCCCAGACACAACUGCAGCAUAUUAUUAAUGAGUGCUAUGACUAAAGAAAAAGGGAAUAUGGAACUAGCAUGUAACAUUUUCUUUGUAAGACUGCAGCCUAGGGUGCUAAGCAAACCAUGAAGUAAUGCUGUACUAGUGCGUGGUCCUUCCAUAGAAAUUAUUCCACUUCCAUUUUCCCAACAGUGUAAUUUCUGUAAUGUAUUUUAGGGACUAUUUAUAUAAAUAAAGGAGAAAAAGCUGCAUUGUGCCCACAUUUGAAUCAACCUGUGGUUAGAAGGUGCUUGUUGGAGUAGUGGUUGGAUUCAAAAUCACACUGAAAGAGAAACAAGGAGCUCUUCUUCCUUAUUCGCCUUUCUUAUGGCAUGCCUACGGCGAUGCACAGCGGUUAAAUAUCGUUGCUUUUAUGCCAUUUAUACAAAGGCAGUUGUUAGAAGAAGAGUGACAUGGUUUCAUUUCAAAAGGACAUUUUGCUUUAUUGAACGUUACACUGCAGAUCUUCUGAUGUUUGUGUUUUUUGUUGGUCCUCUUGGCAGAGCCCUGGAGGGAAUGAACUGAACAAAUGAAGGCCUUGGGUUUGUUCUGUUGAAGAAGUAAUUGCAUAUAACACUGUGGACAAAGUAAACACACUAAAGGAACAGAGUGAUCGCCAUCAAUUAACAAUGAAUUCCCCUAUCAGGGCUAUCGUUGCAACAACAAAUCCUUUUAAAACAAUCGCAAUUUUCUAAAAUGAUUUUUUGGAAUAAAUAUUGGAUCAGAAUAGGCGUCUAAAAGUCCUGCAACUUGCUUUAGAGUUAAAACCAGAAAUUUAAAACAAAACUAACGGUAUUUACAUUAAUAGCUUCUAAUGUACAUAGUGUACCUAUCAUAUGGUUUUCUUGAGGAAUUGCAAAAUCAUAAUUGAUGCACUCAACUGAACAAGUUGUAAUUAUCCCACAUUUAAAAGAAGCCAAAAUGCAGCCAGAUGUGGAAAAAGACCUCAAAUAUAGAGAAUUCUUUAUUGAAAUUUGUAGAUGUAAUUAGUCUAUAUAUUGUAAAAUGUAAAAUAGGAAAUUGCAUAUUUUAUUAAAAUUGGUCAAUAAUAUGCAUGCAGGUACAAAAAUGAAUAUCAAAUAUGUUUCCAUUUUUUUUUAUUUCAAUAUGGAAAUAAUUUUUAUGUAGAUGCUGCUGUGACUGUGUUUCUCAAAGCCAGUAUAUAUAUUUUAAAGUGUCCCUCAGAGCACAGUGGAGGUGGAAACAAACAGGGUGAGCCGCUAUGUCACCUCCAGAAUGCUUUGGGGAAACCGCAUCUAAAACGAACUGAACUGAACUGAACUGAACUGAAACAUGCAUUGCUGUAUACACAGUGAAGGGUCAGUGGUUCUGAUUUUGUUUUAAUAUGUUUCGAAUGAAUAUAGAGACAAUGAAUACAAUCAAAACUUGAGAAAACCCUGAAAUUUCAAAAUCAAAUCAAAAGACAGCCCCUCAAAGCUGCAGUGGUGGGAAAUUGUAGCUUUGUGUGACUGUACAGUUCUUUUAUCGCCAAGGGCUUUAUUGAGACUUAAUGUGAAGUGUGAAGACAGUGUGAGAUGGAUGGGUGAGGCAUCUUAACAAGGCUGAAGGCAAGGUCAGAUCUGCCUCAACAAAGAAGUACUGUAUACCUCUUAAUGUGCCACUGAGAACUGCGUUUCACUGUACAGUGAAAGAUGUUAUUUGCAUGGUAGAAACAUGUGAAUGCUACUGACAAAAAUGGGGAAUAGCAGGGCAAACAUUCUGUAGCUGUUAUUUGGAAGGAAAGUGUGACAACAGAUGAUCGGUUUAGACCUGAAUUAUGAAGCGAAAGCAUCAGCUAUGUUUACUUGAAAGGUUAAUGUAAGUUUUAAACUGACUAUAAAAUGCUGUUUUUCCAGCGCUGCACUGGAAAAAAAAACAAUCCUAACUAAUUUGAAUCGUCAAAUUUAACUGCUGUA